AUGGAUACUUUUACUGCUAAUAAUAAUGCCAGUCAGGGACCAGAUGGGUCAUCUACUCUGAAAAAAUACAUUUCUCAUAGAAGAACAGUGGAUGCGACUUCACCAUUCAAUAGACUAUAUUAUCUAAAGAGACAUGGGUUAUCUAUACCGACUAUCCAACCGGAGACAUCAUAUACAGUGGAUAUCUUAGCACCUGAUCAAUAUAAAGGAAAUGAUCGAAUCAUUAAUUUAACAAGCAAAUUCACUCAUUUAAGUUCAAACAAAGUCAAGCAUGUGAUUCCUGCAAUUCGUUGGACUCCUGAGGGUAGGAGACUGAUAGUGGCCACAUACAAUGGGGAAUUUAGUCUUUGGAGUGGAACUUCAUUCAAUUUCGAAAGUUUAAUGCAGGCACAUGAUUCUGCAGUCACUGCUAUGGAAUAUUCGCAUGCUGGUGAUUGGUUAGUUAGUGGUGACUCAGAUGGUACCAUAAAGAUAUGGCAGCCGAAUUUUAAUAUGGUUAAAGAAUUGGACUCUGCACACACAGAAUGUAUACGUGACAUAUCCUUUAGUAAUAAUGAUUCUAAAUUUGUCACUUGUUCAGAUGACAACAUAUUAAAGAUAUGGAAUUUUAGUAACGGUAAAGAAGAGACUAUUUUGAAAGGCCAUCAUUGGGAUGUGAAGAGUUGUGAUUGGCAUCCACAUAUGGGACUGAUUGUAUCAGGAUCGAAGGAUAAUCUGGUGAAACUGUGGGAUCCAAGAUCUGGGAACUGUGUCUCCACACUAUUAAAAUUCAAACAUACAGUGUUAAAAGUACGGUUCCAGCCAACUAAUGGUAAUUUAUUAGUAGGGAUUUCCAAGGAUAAAUUUUGUAGAAUUUUUGAUAUUCGAUAUAACAUGAAGGAAUUGAUGACUGUCAGGGAUGAAAUAGAUAACAUGACCCUGCUAUGGCAUCCAAUUAAUGAAUCUGUUUUUACUGUGGGGAGUUAUGAUGGAUCUAUCAAACACUUUGAUAUUUUACAAGAUAUGGAAAAACCAUUACAUGUUAUUCCAUAUGCCCAUGAAAAAUGUGUUACAUCUUUAUCUUAUAAUGCGGCAGGAAACAUUCUGGCAAGCGCAAGUAAAGAUAGAACUAUUAGGUUUUGGACAAGAGCAAGGCCAGUAGACCCUAAUGCCUAUGACGACCCAACUUAUAAUAAUCAUAAGAUUAAUGGUUGGUAUUUUGGUAUCAAUAAUAAUAUUAACGCAGUAAGAGAAAAAUCAGAGUUUAGGGCAGCUCCACCUGCAUCAAAUAGUGGUACACAAGAUAGUGUCAGUUCAUCUACAUUACAUAAUGAAGUGCGGUCAUCUAAUGAAGAAAAGACUGUCAAUGGUUUACCAGGUUUGAGUCUAUCUUCGGGUGCCGGUGUAUUGCCUGGGUUAGGUUAA